CAAAAAUUUGUGAGGAGUUACCUCAUCCAGAAACUCGAGAUAUUGUAUUACCAAACCAGUCGGACUAUGUUUCUCAUAUUGCGGUUGAUAUCGGUGGUUCCUUGGCAAAAGUAGUCUAUUUUUCAAGAAAACCAACAUCUUCGAUAGGGGAUAAGAUAGAUGAAUGUAUUGAAUUUAUCGAAAACCUUGUGGCUGCGAGGAGGGACCCGAAUGUACGAGAGUUUCAAGACAAGAUAAUUAUAAAAGCAACCGGUGGCGGAUCAUACAAGUAUUACGACAAGUUUACCAAAAAAAUAAAAGGCGUUAAAAUGGAAAAGGAAGACGAAAUGGAAUGUCUUAUAAAAGAUCCAUCACCGUGGAUUGAGUUUUUUGAGACAAAUCUUCAUAAACUUGUUGAAUUGGUUGUAAAAUGCUCCAAUAAUGAUGAUAAUGGUGAUAAUUCUUCAUGCGAUGAUGUUCGACAACGUGCUACAAAAUUUGAUAGUAUGUUUCGGAAACAUUUAACUCUUUUACGCGAUCGUCCGGCUAUGUAUGGUGCAUUGACUGUACGAAGCUUAUUAAAUCUUAGAGAACAAUGUCUACAUGAACUUGGGUUUUCUGAUAUUUUCGUAAAAGUAAAGGCUGAAGAGAAUAAAGCCGCUUUAGAAAGUUUACAAAAUUUAUUAGCAAAUAUAGACUCCAUUCAAAAUGUGGAAGAUAAGAUAGAUUUCUUAAUUGAUAACAUAUUGGCCGGUAACAUGUUUGAUUGGGGUUCUGGACAAAUUUUGGAUAUGCUUAAAAAAGGUGAACUCUCUUUUGAAUUGGCUCAUACAAAAAUAAAGAAACCUGAACACCUAAACCAAACAAAUAAAUUUAAGCAACGUAUUGUCAGUAAAACAAAAUUACCAUUAAGAAAGGCUGUGAUAUUCGUUGAUAAUUCUGGUGCAGAUAUCGUUUUGGGCAUAAUUCCUUUUGCUAGAUUCUUGAUUUCUUUGGACAUGGAUAUUAUACUUGCUGCUAACAGUUUUCCUGCCGCAAACGAUGUGACUGCUGAUGAGCUAAUAGACAUUUUAUCGUCGGUUUCUGAAAUGGAUUCUCUUAUUGCCGCAGCUUGGGCAUCAAAAAAAUUGACAGUUAUGGCGACUGGAAGCUUUAGUCCUUGUCUUGAUUUGAUAAGAAUUAAUGAAGAUCUUGCAAUGGCGUGUGAGAAUGUAGAUCUUGUAGUAUUAGAGGGUAUGGGAAGAGCCAUUCACACCAAUUAUAAUGCAAUGUUUACAUGCGCGUCCCUUAAAUUAGCAGUAUUUAAAAACUCUAUUGCUGCGAAUGAGCUCGGUGCACAUGUUUAUGACGCUAUAGUGUUAUACGAUGAAGGUUGUGCUGUUGAAACUUCCUAA